UAGAAUCCGCAUAGCGAACAUCGUAUGGGUUCGUCGUCGUCUUUCGACGUCUUUCGAAUUCUACGGAGAAAAGCUUAGUUCAUAGUCCACUUGGGUAAUAUGAGGAUAGCUGACUGCAUCAUUCUUGCCAUUUUCUGUGUUGCAAAGGUUCCCAAAGCACUGUCAUCAGUGCCACCAUGCCGAAUGCUGCGCAGAAAUGAUUGCAUCCCAAACAUGUCGCUGAACACCAGCGAAAGAAUUGUCGCUAAGGAAGUCCCCACUCAAAGGGAGGAUUCCUGCAUGACGGAAUGUUACCACGAGGCUCUGUGUAUGUCAUACAACGAAGGCCCGGUAUCAGAUGACGGACUGACAUUACCAUGCGAGCUGAACGCUGUUGAUCACGUGGUUGAAGACAAGUUGGUUCCCAGAGCUGGCUACAGAUACUGCAGCUUUAUGAACCCGUGUAUAUCCAACCCAUGCCAAGAGGGCUAUAACUGUAAGCCUGACUUCAACAAAGACGACACAUACUCGUGCAUUAAAGGUUGCGGCUUCACGGCGGUCGGACUCCAUGAUAGUCACAUCAUCCCGGACUCCAGUUUCACGGCGUCGUCUUUUUCCAACGAUAAGCGGCUCGCCCACUUUGCUCGCUUGAAUGGUCAACAUUACUGGGUACCCUCUAGUGCGUCGAAUGCUCACGGCGCAUGGCUCCAAGUAGAUUUGCUGUCGAAGUACACGAUCUGUGCGGUGGCAACACAAGGGGGGACUGAUCCGACCUAUGAUACUUGGAUCACACAAUACAAGCUGUCUCUCUCAACAGAUGGGGCUGGCUGGGAAAUCUACCAGGAAAAUGGCGCAGACAAGGUUUUUCCUGGAAACAAAGACAAGCCCACCGUGGUAAAGAACUUUCUAUCAAACAAGCCAAGUGCUCAAUAUGUGAGGUUCUUGCCAAUUGCUUGGGCCGACUACGCUGGAGGCCGUGUUGAAGUUUACGGAACCCGUUAGUAAUUAGUGUCCAGCUCGCUUAUAGAACCCCAGUGCAGACAAGAACACCAUGUUGCAUGCUUGGAACAUUAUUUGUCACCUGAUAAAUAUAGCACUAGGAAUAAGAAAAGGUACGGAUGCCUUGUCCGGACUUCUUUUGAGCUUACUUAUCUGAUGAAUUAUUUGCUCUGUUAUAUAUUUGCACGUGAUUACCAAGACACAAUAAUAAGUAUACUCGAGUCGAUGUUUAUUGAGCUUUCUCGGGUAGGGAAAAGGAGUUCAACCCUACCUAAACUAGCUGCACGGUGGAUUAACGAAAUAGGGCAUAACGGCUUGCCCAAAAUGGGUAUGCAAUGCAUGAUGGCCUUACUAAUCUAGAUGCGCAAAGCAUGUCGGCCUUACCAAGCUAGGAGCGCAAUGCAUGACGGCCUUCCCAAGCUAGGUGCGCAAUGCAUGACGGCCUUACCAAGCUAGGUGCGCAAUGCAUGUCGGCCUUACCAAGCUAGGUGCGCAAUGCAUGUCGGCCUUCAGAGCCACUGCAAUCAACUGCUUUAUAGUUACAAUGUUAGACAUAUUUAUGAUGCACACUGGCAAUAUAAUGACAUAACAAGAUAGGCGCACGCAUUCUUAUGUCCUUAUUUUCAAGUGUGAAGGGUGCGACUUAUGGCAAUAACGUCGGCAUAAUAACGUGGAGAUAACGACAUAAAAGAAAAAACAUGUUUUUUCCCUUAUGCCA